UGUGUGUCAGCAGGCCAACCCGCCAAUGAACACAGAAGAGGAGCUGUGUGUGUGUGUUGCUGCAGGGUACAGAGAACAUACUUGCUCGCCUCUCAAUGCUAGCUAGAGUUAGCUUCCAUUGCUGUCUCCUAUUUGUCGUGGACUCAGGAACAGUGAACUUUUCCACUCGUUGUACUGGUGAGAAGCUCGUCGCUGAUUGUUGGAUUUCCAGUGUGACCACAGACCAUGGCCGUCAAUGGGAAAGUCAUCCCGCACACGCCGCUGGCCGUCGACUUCUGGCAGGUUCGGAAGUGUCCGGGUGCUCGGCUGUUUUUCCUGACCCACAUGCACAGCGACCACACGGUGGGUUUGACCUCGACGUGGAGCAACAGGCCCAUCUACUGCUCCCCCACCACCGCCACCCUGCUCCGGCUGAAGCUGCAGGUAAAGGAACAGUGGAUCCAUCCAUUAGAGCUGGGGGACCCACACCUGCUGCCGCUGGAUGACAUUGGCAAGGAGAGGCUGACAGUCACCCUGAUAGAGGCAAACCACUGUCCAGGGGCGGUGAUGUUUCUCUUCGAAGGCUAUUUUGGUUCUAUACUGUACACUGGUGACUUCAGAUAUGCUCCCUCAAUGCUGCGUGAGCCAUGUCUGAGGACAAACAUCACUAUUGACAUCCUGUACCUGGACAACACCAACUGUGACCCCAACCGCACCCUCCCCUCCAGGAAGCAAGCCACUCAACAAAUCAAAGAGAUCAUCCGCAGCCAUCCCAGCCACAAUGUUGUCAUAGGUUUGUAUGCACUGGGGAAGGAGUCCCUGCUGCUGGACCUGGCAAUGGAGUUCAAAACCUGGAUUGAGGUGAGUUUUGAGAGGAUGGAGACCCUCAAAGCUCUGGAGCUGCCUGACGUUUUCACCACUGACCGGGGGGCCGGUCGCAUCCGAGCCGUAAAUCAGUCAGAGAUCCGUUUUGCCACUUUGAACCAGUGGAACAUACAACAUCCCACCUUGGCCAUCUUGCCCACCAGCAGGCCCCUGGUCUCCUUCCACCCCAAUAUCCAUGUGGUGCCCUACUCCGACCACUCCUCUUAUCAAGAGCUGGAGGAUUUUGUCUCUGCGCUUAAACCUACCUCCCUUGUACCCAUCGUGGGAACUCACCCACCUGGAAAUCUCUCUGCCUUACUGCCCAGCAAAAAGCGCCCUGAAAUCCUCGUGCCCGAGUCAGUCCGACAGUACAUGCUGAGACAGCCUGAGAUCCAGAUCAGAUCAUCAGCAUCUACCCGCCUUCGCAGCGGGCCCCUCAGACCGGUUGCUCCCAAGGGGGUGAUAUUUGAGUCUCCUCCAAAGGGGUCCACAACACCAUGUGAAGAAGAUGUCUGCGGACCAGAGUGUCUUGAGCAGGAGGCUUCUGAGGAGGAGAUGGACAAGGAAAGUAGUGAAAAGGACUCUGAGAGUAUCCUUAUCGACAUUAGCAAGAAAGUUACCCAUAACAAAAACAGGGGCGGAGCUGGAGACAGGUGGAGCCUCAACAUUGUCCAGACAGUCUCAGAAGACAUGCUAAUGGAAGAAUCUCUGCCACUCAGUCAACAUACCCAGAGUAACCAGGCUCCAGUGGAGAGUGUUACAGACAGAAGGCCUUUUGAAACUAAUGCCAAAACAAGGAACACAGCAUCAAGUGGAAGUUACAACAGUCAACCAAGGGGACACAGAAAUGUUGAGAACAACCACAAACCGUCAGACGAGGACAGCAUGAGUCAGCACAGUGGAUGUGGAAGUGAUUUGGACAGCCUGACACUAUUUCAGAACAGCUCCAGUAACAUUUCCUGUACUUCCUGUCGCUCCUCCACGGAGCUGAAGGAGAAGUAUUUAGAGGAGUUUGAAAACAGUGUUUUAAAGAAUCUCCCCUUCAUGGAGGAGGAUUAUAAGACUUGGGGCCUCCUGCAGCACAGCUUUGUGCGGACUUUCCCCUCUCCACUAUAUGAUUCAUAAUGACAUCUCAGUAAAUAAUAUGAGCUAACUUUGUUUACCUUGUUUUCUCUGUUUGUAAACAUAUAUACUUUAAAACUGACUAUUUUCUGUCCUAUAUAUGACUUUCCUUGUGGUGCUUCCUUUUUGUGGGUGGUCUGGACUAAAGGUUUGGGUCUGUAAUAGAAAUUUAUAAAUGUAGAUUUACCUGUUUCUGUCAUCCCACUGGUCAUCAGUAUUUCAGUGCCUCUGUUCGUCUUUUAUAAUUUUGUUUGUGGAGCACAACUCAGAAACCAUUUGGAAUUUAGUGAGGAAAUUUGGUGAUGCUUUUUUUAUAUUUGGGGUGUGACAGGGGGUUAAGUCAACUCGUGAUGACACAUGUCAAGAGCCAUGAGUUAUGAGCCAAAAUCUGACUUCAGUUCAGCCAUAUUUCCAGAUCAACCUUUUUAACUUACACUUAAUUCUUUUACUGCAAAUGAGUGAAUACUUUAUAGUAGAAAAGAAAAACAAAUGCUUCCAUACUGUAAAAAAUAAAAAUGUAUGAUUUAACAGCAGUGUUGCUUACUGUAUUAGUCAGCCAAUUAUGAAAAACUAGAGUGAAACACUGUUCAGAAAAACACUUUCACUCAUUUUAUUUUUUUACUUUAAGAAAACUGUCAGAGAUAAUUUAAU